AUGCUCACAAGGACUGAGAGCUCUCACACCUCUGCCAGUAGCCAUACGCUCGACCAACAAGCACCUACAGAGAUGCUUGAGGAAGUCGACCCAGACGCUGGACCUGUGAUACAGGAGGACGCUGAUGAGCCCUUCAGCCCAGUCCACACUCAGCUGGAGGAAGUACUGCAUGACCUACACGAGAUGGAGAAAGACUUGGAGAUUCAGGUUCGAACAUAUGAUCUCCGCCUCUCCGAUCUCGAGGAGGACGCGGAGAAAUCUGGAAGCGCGCAGACAAACGAGCUCCGGUCGCCACCGCUGCUGCCACCGCUGCCGCCUCCGCCGCACGCUCCUACGCUCGGGCCUGUGGGACCUCCCAGCAGCAUCGAGGCGAUCAUGGCCUCCAGGUCCAUGGCUGAAGCUGCUUCUUGGACUGACAGCGGCGACAACUACAAGUCGAUGGUCGAGACAGCUUCAUGGGCAGGAAGAACGAUGAGAACGGUGCGGCAGUUCUUUUCAUUUUCGAAGGAAGCCUCCAGGAGCAAGUCCCCUUCGCCUUCGGCGGAGGACGCUGCGUCCGCUCCGGCGCAGGAAGCUGGACCUGGGUCUGAGGCUACCUUUGGCACAUGA